ACAAUGUUAUCUGAUAAUAAUAAUAUUAAUAUAUAAAAAUUAAAUCAAUAUUUUUUUUCUUUUGCAAAUAGAAUAUUGUUAAUUGAAGUUUGGAGUUGUUUCAUUCAUUAUUAUUAUAUGUGUUGGUGCUUAAUGUGUGUGAUUGAGCAUCGACGUAGUGAAAGGUAACAAGUUGUUUGUUCAUCAUCUAUGGCAUACCUGAAAUCAAGAUGCAAAAAUGGAAGUAUUAUUAUUAGUUUGUGUAUGAUUGUGGUGUGCAUGGGUUGUGUGGAGUCUAUCGAUAGUGAUGGUGAAGGUGCAUACAUGUUGAAGCUGAUGAAUGCACUCAAACCCCCUGCCUGGUCCAACACCACCUACAUGUGCCAGUGGAGAGGCGUGAGUUGCAACCAUCAAAGUGGAAGGAUUAAAGAGAUCGAGCUCAGAUCAAUGUCUCUGACGGGAACAGUUCCUGCAGGCCUCAACGACUCCCUCUCCCAACUCACGGUACUCGAUCUCUCCCACAAUAAUCUCAGUGGCCCUGUUCCCUCUCUCGCCAACCUCUCCUUCCUCCAACUAGUGUACCUCCACAACAACAACUUCACCUCCAUCCCUCAUGGUUGCUUCCAUGGUCUUACUACUUUGCUGUCCUUGUGGUUGACCAACAACACCAACCUCCCACCGUGGAACUUUCCUACCGAUUUGACUGCUCACUCCUCCCAACUCCGUUUCCUCCACCUCUCUUCUACGAAUCUCAUGGGCUCCUUACCAAACAUAUCCCAUUCCUUCCCGAGUAUGAGCCGGCUUGAUCUCUCUAACAACAACCUCUCCUCCAUCCCUGAGGGUUGCUUCCACAACCUAACCAGUUUGUAUGUCCUCUCUUUGGCCAACAACACCAACCUCCCACCAUGGACCUUCCCCCUCGAUUUGACUCAUUCCUCAUUGCAACUCUCCUACCUCUACCUCGAGGCUACAAAUCUCAUGGGAUCCCUACCAAACUUGUCUCAUUUCUUCCCAGAUUUGAACGAAGUUUCACUCUCUAACAACCACCUUAGCUUCAUCCCCCAAGGUUGCUUCCAAGGUCUACCCGGUUUGGUGAGUCUCAACUUGGGAAACAACACCAACCUUACACCAUGGACCUUCCCCAACUUGACUCACUCCACACAACUGAAAGACCUCAAUCUUACUGCUACAAAUGUCAUGGGCUCUCUACCAGAAAUAUUUCACUCCUUGCCAAGUAUGGAGACUGUUCUUCUUUCCAACAACAACCUCAGCGGUGUCUUGCCAGAGUCUUUCGGAGGGACCAAGAUUGCCACCUUGCAUCUCAAUAACCAGAAGGGUAACGGGUUUUCGGGUCCGAUUGAUGUCCUUUCAAACAUGCUCGACUUAUCUCAAGUCUGGCUUCAAGGGAACUCGUUUACAGGACCUAUUCCUGACAUGUCUCAUUGCGCUGCUUUACAAGAUUUACAACUUGGUUACAAUCAAUUAACAGGGGUAGUUCCAGAUUCUCUAACAACACUCGAUUUGCUGCAACGUAUUUCUUUGAACAAUAACUUUUUGCAAGGUCCUUUGCCCGAAUUUGCCAUUUAUCCUGAGGAGAAUGUGAAUCUUGGUGUUAACACCACAAAUGGCUUCUGUCACAAAGAUCCAGGACCUUGUGAUCACAAAGUGACCAUUUUGCUUCAAAUUGCUGCAAAAUUCAACUAUCCAAUUCUCUUGGCCCGUACAUGGAGAGGAAAUAAUGCCUGUAAAAACUGGAGUUUCAUUACAUGUGAUGACAAAAACAAGAUCAGAAUGGUCAAUUUAUCAAAUCUAAAAUUGACGGGCACAAUCUCACCUGCAUUCGCCAAUUUAACAGAUUUGCGGAAAUUGUAUUUGGAUGGGAAUAAUUUGACAGGUGAAAUACCUGAAGGAUUGACAACAUUGCAUGAACUUGAGGUUGUGAAUGUCUCUAACAAUCACCUUGCUGGAAAUAUUCCCAAAUUCUCACCAAAGGUCAAUUUUAUUGCCACAGGCAAUGAUUUUCCUGUGCUUGCUUCUAAUGGGCGAAUCCCAACAGCUUUGAUUACAGGCUUAUCAGCAGCCAGUGUUGGAAUUUUGAUAACAUGUGUGGUGGUUAUUUACAAAAGCAAGAGGUUACAGAAAAUCAUGUUCAAGAAAACAAUUGUUGAUCGCAAUGUUGAGGAUUUGAUACAAAGUUAUGGGUUUAUGGUGCAAAAACGAUAUAGUUAUUCGCAGGUGAAAAGGAUGACCAAUUUCUUUGGUGAGAAAUUAGGACAAGGAGGAUUUGGUGUUGUAUAUAAAGGAAGUUUAAGUGACGGUCGUCACGUAGCAGUGAAGAUAUUGAAAGAGUCUAAAGGGAAUGGAGAAGAAUUUAAUGGAGAAGAAUUCAUAAACGAGGUGGCAAGUAUUAAUAGCACGUCUCAUGUGAAUAUUGUCCCAUUUUUAGGAUUUUGUUAUGAGACAAAUAAGAGAGCUUUGAUUUAUGAAUUCAUGCCAAAUGGUUCUUUAGAUAAAUUUAUUGAUGAAAAAGCAUCAAAAUUGGAUUGGAGCAGACUCUAUCAAAUUAUAAUUGGCAUUGCUCGAGGAUUAGAAUAUUUACAUUGGGGAUGUAGUACCAAGAUUUUACAUCUUGAUAUUAAACCUCAAAAUAUUCUUUUGGAUGUAGAUUUUUGUCCUAAAAUUGCUGACUUUGGAUUAGCUAAAAUAUGCACAAAGAAGGAGAGUAUUGUAUCUCUACAGUAUGCAAGAGGAACAGUGGGAUAUGUUGCACCAGAAGUAUAUAAUCAGAUAUACAGUGGAGUUUCUCGAGUUUCUCACAAAUCUGAUGUGUAUAGUUAUGGGAAGUUAAUUCUUGAAGUAAUUGGAGGAAAAGAGAAUUAUAAUGAUAAAGAUACACGUACUAGUGAAAUAUACUUUACAGAAUGGAUUUACAAGGAACUGGAGCAAGAUAAUCUUUCAACAAGAUGCUUGACAAACACAGAGAAUGAAAAUGAUUUGGUAAAGAAGAUUAUUUUAGUAGGCAUGUGGUGUAUACAAAGAAAUCCAUCGGAUAGACCGUCCAUGAAAAGAGUGAUAGAAAUGUUAGAAGGACUACUUGAUUCUAUCCCAUUUCCUCCGAAGCCAAUGUGGUAUUCUCCUCAAGGAUCAAAGUUGCAAUCUCCAGAUAUAGCUUAUGACAAUACACAUGAGCCAGAUUCAUCAACUUCAGUGCAGAAUGAUUCCAUCAAUCCAAAUGAGUUUGCCUAAGGCAACAAUAUUUAUGUAAUUAUAUUCUUGACACCACUCUUACAUGGUAUCUCUUUUUCUCAAAUGGUAUGUUUUGUGGAGCUAUAACAAUUUGUUGACGUGAGAAAAGUGAAGCUUCUCAUUGUUUUAGGGGCACUUGGUAGUUAUAGUUGUAUAUGAGUAGUGUGUGUAAUCUUUUCUUUUGUUUUCUUUUCUUCUUGUCUUUACUUCAACUGCAAGAAUCAAACCUCUUGUCUCACUGUGC